AUGCUGGCGACUGCCUGCUGCACCGCGACAGCUUUCGCGCCCCCGGUCUUGCAAUCGCCCUCGGUUCAACGUUUCCGGGCCUGGGUUGGAGCACGGGCUGGUCAACUUGUAUCCCUUUCGGAGCUGCUUCGCGGGAUAGCCGUCGCACCCGAGGGCCACCACAUCGCCGCGCCACUGCAAGAGGCACUGCUUACCCUCCUAGUGGGCCCGCAGGCCGUCGCCACUUUUGCACGACUCAUCGAGACGCUUCGUGCCCAGCCCUUCGAGAUGCCUGGCCUGCACCCACAAGUCGACCUCGGCACCUCUGCUGCGCCUGCAGCUGUGCGCCAGCGGAGUGAUGCGCAGCCUCCGCCGCUGGAAGACACAUUCAAGCCAGGCUACCUUCUCAUUCGCGUUCAGGACUGGGAGACUGCUGGUGGACAGGUGCAAGAACCGGGGCAGGAGCGGCGUUCGCGCGAUGCCUCUCCAGCUGCCCGCCGCCACCUCACUGCCCACGCCGUGCCCGCCGGCGGUGCGCCUGCCUCGGCAGCCACCGGCGGGGGCGACGCGCGCGGCGCAGCGUCCGUCGUUACAGUGCUGGACGACACGCCCCCCAACACUCCGCGGGAGUCCGACAUCUCCCUCAACACGCCGCCUGCUGUCCCAGAGGCGGACUUGUGUGCGAUCUGCCUGGACCCCAUCGACCCCACAACCACCGGCGAGGCAUCUGCAGUCCUCCACCCGACGUGCGCCCGCCACCGCUUGCACCUCGCGUGUCUUGCGCAGCAGCGGGCCCAAGCCGAUGCUCCAGCAGACAUGCACUGCCCGGUCUGCGCUGCGGGAGGCUGGGCCGAUGCCGACGACCAAUGGUUGCGAGCGGCUUGUGCGGCACGGGGGAUCGAGGCGCCCACACGGCUGCCCGCCCCUUCCACCGUGCGCCCGGGCAUCGCGGACUACACGAUCCGCACAUUCACAUCCAACGAUGCGCCCGAACCUCAGCCACCAACUCAUGUGCGCGUGCUCUGCUGCCGCCGAGUCGCAGCCGUGCGUGGGGACGAAGGGGAAAUCAACUUCGUUGAGCUCCCGGACAGGAGAAUGCAGUGGUCACCCAUCGCCGUCCGCGGCGACACCGGCAUCAUGGCAUGGCGACUGUCGUGGGCUUGCCCGCGCUGCUCGCGAGUGCUGGACUGGGAAGAGGCUGCGGUGCCUGCAGACGCUGGCGCGCCCUGUGCCGACUGUCGCCGGCCUCGGAGUUGGGAGUUCGACGCCACAGCUCGCACGGGCUGUUUGUGCUGCGCUUGCGGACGGCAACCCCAGCCGAUCGCCGGGGCACCCGAGGCGCUCGCCGGACUCCCCGCUGCGCCUGCCAGCGAUCCAGCCCCCGUGCGCGGGUCGUGGUACGAAGUCGGCCCGCCAGCAGGGAACCCGCACUCAGCCACAAACUCCUGGUUGUUCGUGCCGCUUCUGCACGCCGCGUGCGGCACCCUGUCCCCGCGAGCCGUCGAAGCAUGGAGCCGUGAGGAGCGCUGCCAGCCCUGGUGGGGUGAAGCACGCCACACGCUCCUUCGUUCGGCUCCGGUUGCGGCCGCCCUGCUCCUCGAUGCCCUUCGCGAGGCAGCUGCCCGGCACCACACUCCGCCUCCCCAAAACAUCUUCGCUGCAGCCCAGGCCCUGCCCUCCGGCGCUGAGCUGCAUUUAGGUUGGGUUGUUCGUCAGCUCGCUUCUGCCGAAGGCUACAUCCAUGCAGCAGCGCAGGAAGUGUGUUUGCAACUGUAUGGGGGGCUUAGUUUUGCUGCGAACCUCGACCGCUUUUCUGAUGCCUUUCGCCGCGACGACGAGGCGCCGGUCCCUCCUGCACCCGCUGGCCCGCGUCCCGCUGCAGCCCUCGGUGCGCGGCAGUCUGACGGUGACGAUGGCCUCGACUCGCCCGACGACGAGGUCGCUGCCGUUGUUUCGGAGCGCGCCCCGGGCGCUGCCCAGCAAAGGCGUGGGCGAGGCGGAGGGCGUCGCGGCCGCAGAGCAGCACGCGGACACAGGAUCCCAGAGCCUCCGUUGCCUGCAGGCGCCCCUUGCACGGCCGCCGCAGCUCCGACGCAGGCGGAGCAACGGGUUGGCGCUGCUUCCACAGGCGUGCGCUUCGGCCUCGAGCAGCUCGACGACAUUGAUCUCGCCUUUGAGUUGCGCCGUCGGACACUCACACUCCAGAGCACUCCGACCCAACUCCGAGGCAUUCUCCGUUAUGCGCUGCGGACGGGGUUGGAGCAGGCCGUGGCAGGCCCCGGGCCGGACGACACAACCCGUGGCUGGAAACUCUUUUUCUUGGCACCCCGCAUGCUGCUGCACCGCGAGCCCGGCCAAUCGCGCAUCGAGCCCGCCGAGCUCGAGCGGCGUGCGGACGCUUUCCGCCGCGGCGACUGGCCCUCGCUUCUCCGCGCAGCCUGCGCCGCACCUCCCGCGCGGCCUACCCCGCGCUCACCUGCUGACGGGGCCGACCCGGAACGUCGAGCGGCGCGCGCCACCGCGCUCGUCCACUUGGGGGAACUCUCUGCAGCGAGUCGGGCCCUCACUGCUGAGCCACUCGCCGCCGGCAACCAAUCUACGCUCGCUGAACUUCGGGUGCUCAACCAUGUCGCGGAGCCAUGCCCCAUGCCAGACACGCUCCUGCUGGCCAACCUGCGCGCGGCCCGGCGAGGCUCGGCCGCAGGCCCUUCAGGCAUGACUAAUGAGCACCUGCGCUUGCUGCUGGACGACCCCGACGACUUCACCUUGCUCCACCAGGCAGCACUUCGGUUCGCCAACGCUGACGUGCCGGCGCCUGUCUUGGCAGCCGCACGCCUUGGACGAAUCGUAGCGCUCCGGAAGCCGAACGGCCGGGUGCGUGCGCUCGUCGUCGGGGAUGUUUUUCGCCGCCUCGUCGCCCGAGCCUUGGCACAGCACUUCGCGGAGGCGCGUAAAAAAAAAAAAGUACCGGCUGCCCCGCCAGUCUGCCAUGGCGAGAACUCCCCUCGUGGCUCUCCGCCGCCAUUGGUCGAUGGUGGUGACGGCGAGCGGGGCGGCGAUUUCGUCAGGUCUGCGGCAGUGCGCGUCGUCGAGGGAGAGCGCCGUGCCCGAGGACAUGGACGGCGCGGAGGCCGUGGGCGAGGGCGCCGCACACCUUCGCACCCCCUGCCCGAUGCGGAGGACGCUGGCCCACCGCAGGCAGCAGAACAGCCCGCGCCCGAAUCCCUCACAGCAUCCCAGCGACGGGUGCUCUCCGCUGAGGCGACCUCCGCAGCCGGCUUGCAAACGCUUGAUGCCAUAGAUCUCGCGGCCACGCUUCGCAAGCGCGUCCUAACACUGCAUAGCGUGCCGGUGCAAGUGCGCAGCACGCUGCGCACUGCCUUCCGAGCUGGGCUCCAGCUCGUUGCGGAUGAGAGCUCCGCUUAUUCAUCGUUGCGUGGAUGGAAAGCUCUUGUACCUCGCCGUCCGCAUGCUGCUGCACCGCGCCCCAGCUGUGAGCUCUUCCGUCGCGGUGAGUGCCCCUGCCUUCUCGUUGCUGCCGAGGCAGCUGUGCGAGCCCCUGAGACUGACGCUGCGCGUGCCGCCCGAACAGAGGUCGAAGCUCGAGCUGCGAGGGCCACUGCGCUCGUCCACCUCGGGGAGCUGUCCGCCGCCGCACGAGCCCCGGUCUCCGAACCACUUGCGCCGAGUUCUUCCGGCACGCUCGAAGAGCUCCGCGACCCUGCGAACCGGCCCCAUGCAAGAUCGGCCGCUGGACCUUCAGGCAUCACCAACGAACACUUCCGCAUAUUGCUCGAGGACGUGCCGGCACCAGUCGUCUCGGCCAUCCGCGCGGGCCGCAUAGUCGCACUCCGCAAGCUCAAACGGCACAAAAGCUUGCAGCCGCUGCUGCCGUACGUCCGCCAAUUCUACGCUUCCGACAGCACGUACGUGUGGCAGGACGCUAGCGGACAGACCCACGAGGUGCGGCAGUCUGAGGGCAGCGAACAACACGACCCGCUUAUGCUCGCCCUCUACGCCAUCGCUCGAACCCAUCUGGACUGGCUGCUAUUGCACUACUGCGCAGCACCCCGGGCCAACUACCUCCUGCGGAACGUCCCGCCCGCACUCACAGCCCAGUUCGCUGCCGAACCUCGACGCCGCCCUUGCGACCAGACGGCGUGCCAUGCCUCCGUACCGACAGAGCCUGCUUCCCCACCCGCUGAACAACCAGCAUUGCCCACAGAGCUGCACCCACCAAGCGAUGCGGACGAGGCGCGCAUCCCGGAUGAUGCUGCCCUCGCUGAUGCUGCCUUUGUUGCCCGAAGGCGUGCGCAAUCGCGGGGGCCUGGGGGCCCAGGCAACGAAGCGGCAACGCACUCCCGCAUCGGAGAGCCCGCUGAGCCCAUACCUCCACCGGCCGCGCCGUUGGCAUCCGCGCCCACGGUCGGGGACGUGCGCGGGGCGGUGCUACACCCACCAACAUUUCGGCCGAUGCCCAAGUGCCAAUUGCAGCGCGCGAGCCCGCAGUGCGAUUGGACUUCACACAAGGCGAGCUGCGGGUCGCCAACGUCGAAGCAGGCGUGCGUCGCGGCCAGCAGCAGCGGCCAGCGCCACCCGGGCGCGCUCACGGCUGAGCCGCUGGCACCGGGCAAUGCCGACACCCUCAUUGAACUCCGUGAUCCGGAUCGGCGGCCGCCUGCAGCACAAGUGCCUCUCUCGGACGCUGUGCUCACCCAUAGGCCGGUCGCAGCCUGCCCAUUGCCCGCGACCGUGUUGCUGGGCUGCCUGCGAGGUGCGCGCCGAGGGUCGGCGGCCGGCCCUUCCGGAGCUACCAACGAACACAUGCGCUUGGAUGACCCAGCUGACUGCGCACUGCUCCAUCAAGCUGCCGAGCGCUUGGCCAACGCAGACGUGCCAGAGCAGGUCCUCCAGGCUCUGCGCCUUGGGCGCAUGGUUGCGCUGCGUAAGCCCAGCGGCCGUGUGCGGACACUGGUCGUAGGCGACGUCUGGCGCAGCAUUUUGCCGCCGCCUUCCAAGAAGCGGACCUCGAUGAGGGCCUGGUAUGGGCGCCGCCGUAGGACACGGAACACCUUACUCUACAUGUUCUACGCGUAUGUGGCCAUCGUGGUCGCCUUGCCUCAACAGGACGUGUCGAACUUGCACACUUUGGCACGUGACCUUGAAGUACGUGAUGAGGCAAAAGCAGCACCAGCCCGUGGCAAAGGCCUCUUGCAGACAACUCGUGGGGAGCGAAACCACUCACAGCCCUUCAGCGAGGCAACCUUUCUCAUGGAAAAAGUGGUGGGCAUGGGCACCGGCACUGCAAGCACCUCCGUCUGGCUGAUGGUGUUUGGCCUGGCCGCCACAUGUUUCGCGCUCUACACCUGGCUUCCAUCGAAAUCCAAGGGUACUGCCGAGCAGCUCGUAGUCGAUGGGAAGAGCGAGGAGGCCCAGGAGGCACCGGCACCUGAGGUGCUCGGCGAAGCUCUCCAGCAGGGAGAAGCGGCCAUGCAAGAUUUCGAGUCUUUGGCGAAGACGCUGGCGCAAUCUGUGGCGCACAGGAUCGGCCCAAAGCUCGCGAAGGGACAGGCAGUGCAGGGCAUUCUGGAGUCACGCUUGUACCAGUUCCCAGACAAGGCGAAAACGUUUCUCUUGAAUGAGCUCAACAGCACAGCCGGAGCUGUCAUGCGGGCCAUUGAAGCUGAAGAAGCCAUGAUCUUGUUGGAUUUGGACAAGGCCCUCUCCUCCAACUUUCCACCAAUGUCAAUGCUCCUGGCUGGCUUGAUAUCACCAACGCUGCUCAACAUCUCCAUGUCGGCACUGCGCAUGCAAAACACAUUGGUCGUUUUGCCGGUCCUGUUGUUGCACGGGCCUCCGCGCUUGAAUGCUAUCGUGGAGGAACGGGGGACAGUUCUGAGGCUCAAUCCCGACGAUGACCAUGUGGGCGUGCUUCCCGCUCUGUGUUUGAUGCAGGUCUAUGCAGGCGUGUGCGAGCAUCGAAACUUGGAGAUGUCCGGCUCUAUGCGAAGGGCUCUGCGUGGCCUGGGGAUGGCAGCAGCCGGCGUGUCCAUGGCGGGUGCAGCUCAGGCGGCCCACCUCAGGUGGAGGUACCGCUGUCCAGGAGAACCACCUGGAGAGCGUCAUGGCCAUGCAGGUCGCAAUUAUGAUGGAAAGCCCUUGAAGCUCCUCUUCGUGGGUGACUCCAUCGCCGUCGGUGUUGGUGCAAAGAUUGCAGCUCCUUUGCAAGCUGCAUGUGCAGAGCGGUUGGCUAAGAUCCAACGGCGACCUGUGGAAUGGAGCACAAUUGCAGCAAAUGGUGCAGAUGUACGUGAGCUCCAUGCUUUGGUCGAUGAAGACCACAGCUUUGAUAUUGCCGUGGUUUUGUGUGGAGUCAACGAUGGCAAGAAGUUUCUACAAGGCCGAUGGCCUUCGCAUUUUCGCGAAGACCUGGCUGCCUUGUGUGGCACUUUGAGGAAAGCUGCUCCAGAGAGUGUGAUCACCGUUCCACAACUCCUUGGUCACGUUCAAGCCCCUUUGUUUCAGCAGUGGCCAAUGUGCCAUUUGGUGGAUGCACUUUUCGGCCAGUUCGAGGCACAAAAGACACUACUCGAAGCCACUGGAGCUGUCAGGGCACUGUCUGCAGACUCCGCAAUGCCAGUGCUUCAAGCAGACGCGCGUUGGUGGUCUGUGGAUGGCGUUCAUCCAUCAGGGGAAGGCUACCGCAAAUUGGGCGAGUGGUUGGCCCCAUUGCUCGACAAAGUCCACAGUCCUCAGUUGGUGGAGUAG